AUGCACCAAUUCCAAUUCCAACCAAUUCCAAUACCAAUUCUAGAAUUGGAAUUGGUUGGAAUUGGUAGAAUUGGAAUUGGUUGGAAUUGGUUAGGAUUGGAAUUGGAAUUGGUC